UAAAAUGAAUGCCCAUUAAUUUGAUUUCUACCACAAACCAUCUGAAGUCUUAUCUUUUCCACCUCUCCACACCGAGCUACCAAAAGAAGCUUAAAGCCACUAGAAACUACCACUCCUUCUCCUACGUACCAAAACUAGCCGAAAAAUUAACAUGCCGAGCAACGGCACGGCCGCGGCAGCCGAGGAGGAAGCUAAACAACCCUUGUUAGACUACUCAUCCACCGCCGUCCGGUCGAAAUACGGAGACAGAAAAGAUGAUCAUGAUCUUGAUCUUGCGCAGAGGGUGUGGAUCGAAUCGAAGAAGUUAUGGCACAUAGUGGGACCUUCUAUGUUAAGCCGCCUCACCAGCUACUCCAUGUUAGUCAUUACUCAAGCGUUCGCCGGCCACCUCGGCGACCAUGAGCUCGCGGCCGUCUCCGUUGCUACUAACGUCGUCGUUGGCUUCAACUUCGGCCUUUUGCUGGGGAUGGCAAGUGCAUUGGAAACGCUAUGCGGUCAAGCAUUUGGGGCCAAAAAAUACCACAUGUUGGGCAUAUACAUGCAACGCUCCUGGAUCGUCCUAUUCAUCUGUUGCAUCCUCCUGCUCCCUCUCUACCUCUUCGCCUCUCCGAUCCUAAAGCUCCUCGGCCAACCCUCCGGUAUCGCAGAGCUAUCGGGCGUCGUUUCCCUGUGGAUGAUCCCACUCCACUUCAGCUUCGCCUUCCAAUUCCCCCUCCAGAGAUUUUUACAGAGUCAGCUGAAGAUGGCAGCGAUCGCGUGGGUUUCUCUAGCGGCACUAGUGGUGCACGCCACGGUGAGCUGGUUGUUUGUGUAUAAAUUGAAGCUUGACGUGGUGGGGGUGGCGGUUACUUCAAAUUUCUCGUGGUGGGUUUUGGUUUUUGGGUUAUUUGGUUACACUGUUUGUGGUGGGUGCCCUCUUACCUGGACCGGGUUUUCCAUCGAGGCGUUUUCCGGUCUUUGGGAGUUUGUCAAACUCUCGGUUUCUUCCGGGAUCAUGCUUUGUUUGGAGAAUUGGUACUACAGAAUUCUGAUAUUGAUGACUGGAAACCUAAAGAAUGCAGAAGUUGCUGUGGAUGCUUUGUCCAUAUGCAUGAAUAUUAAUGGUUGGGAGAUGAUGAUUCCUCUUGCCUUCUUUGCUGGAACUGGAGUUAGGGUUGCAAAUGAGCUAGGAGCAGGGAAUGGAAAAGGGGCCAAAUUUGCAACCACGGUUUCGGUGACGACAUCCGCAGUGAUUGGUGUCUUCUUCUGGAUUUUCAUUAUGAUUUUCCACAACGAAAUUGCCUUAAUUUUCUCCUCUAGUAAGACUGUAUUGGAAGCAGUAAACAAGCUCUCUGUCCUUUUGGCCUUCACUGUUCUCCUCAACAGUGUCCAACCAGUUCUCUCAGGGGUGGCUAUUGGAUCCGGAUGGCAAGCAUAUGUUGCGUAUAUAAACCUAGGUUGCUAUUAUCUGAUCGGAUUGCCACUCGGGUUUCUAAUGGGCUGGGUUUUCGACCAAGGAGUCAUGGGAAUAUGGGCUGGAAUGAUUUUUGGAGGAACAGCAGUACAAACUUUGAUAUUGGCCAUCAUCACCAUGAGAUGUGACUGGGAAAAAGAGGCCGAGAAAGCGACCGCACAUGUAAAUAAGUGGGCAAAUAGGACCUAAUAAUUGCAACCGUCUAUUUUUAGAGGAAGAGCAAUGGUACUUGGACUGAAAUUAGUUUAAAAAAACACGAAAAUUCAUAUCGUUCAGUAUAAAAUCAAUUUCGGUCUCCAUUGCAUUUUUCAUUGUCAAGAUAAGUGAAAGAAAAAAAUGUCCACGAGUAGAUCUUUUCACAGGGAAUUACAAAAUGUCAACGAAAAUCAAUUGUCAGAUUGAGGGAGGGAUGUUGGUGCCCGAUCCAAAUGCUCAACUGUGGAAUUGGAUUCUUAAAGUUCUCACAUUGGAAUGAUCAUACGCUCGAUAUGUACUGAUUUGUAAUGUGUUUCAUGCAGAAUUACCCCCAUAUAUUGUAAUGUGAACAGUGGAAAAUAAAGCAGCGCAAUUAUUGCAACUAGUGCACAUUAAAGUUAAUGAUGUAAAUGUUUGUUGAAAUUUUUAAUUAAGUAGCUGUUUAUGGUGGUUGUUAAAUCGAUC